AUGGCAAUGACGAAGCCGAUGCUGAGCCUGCUGGCGCACCUCCACGCCGCGCUCCUGCUCCUCUCCGGCGCCGGCGCGGCGGUGUACGACGUGACGCGCUACGGCGCCCGCCCCGACGGUGUGACGGACUCGACGCUGCCGUUCCUCCGCGCGUGGGCCGACGCGUGCCGCUCGCCGCGCCAGGCGACGGUGCUCGUGCCGCCGGGCAUGUUCCUGCUGGGGAGCGCCACGUUCACCGGCCCGUGCGCCACCCACGCCGUCACCUUCUCCAUCGCCGGCACGCUGGUCGCGCCCACUGGCUACGGCUGGGACGCGACCACCGGCCGCUGGAUCACCUUCGAGUCCGUGGAGGGCCUCACCGUCUCCGGCGGCGUCCUCGACGGCCGCGGCUCCUCCCUCUGGUCCUGCAAGCGGCAGCAGCAGCAGCAGCCGCACGUCCACUGCCCGACCGGCGCCUCGUCUCUGACGAUCUCGAACUCGAGAGACGUGGUGGUGGACGGGACGAGGUCGACCAACAGCGAGCUGUUCCACAUGGUGGUGCUGCAGAGCCACGGCGUGACGCUGCAGCAGGUCAGCGUGGACGCGCCGGAGGACAGCCCCAACACGGACGGGAUACACAUCCACAUGUCCAGCAACGUGGCCGUCUCCAACGCCGACAUCCGCACCGGGGACGACUGCGUUUCCAUCGGCCCGGGAAACUCUAACCUCUGGAUUGAGCGUGUCUCGUGUGGUCCAGGUCAUGGCAUAAGCAUUGGAAGUUUGGGCCAGCAACAAGGGAUGGCUGUGGAGGUGGUGCGAAACGUGACCGUGAAAACAACAUGGUUCACCGGCACAACAAAUGGUUUCAGGAUCAAGACAUGGGGGACCUCCAAGCGAGGCCUCGUUAGUGGUAUCACCUUCGUGGACUCCACCAUGAUCGGCGUCCACAACCCUAUAAUCAUCGAUCAAAAUUACUGCCCUGGAAAGAAAUCGUGCUCAGAUCGGAGUUCGGGUAUCAAGAUCAGCCAGGUGAGGUACAUCGACAUUCGUGGGUGGUCGAUGACGCCGGUUGCCGUGACCUUCAACUGCAGCAGGAGCAACCCGUGCAGUGGAAUUAGCUUGCAGAAUGUGAGGCUCAUGUAUGAGGGCAUGCGUCUUGCAAAAUCAUCCUGCCGGAACGUCAAUGGGAGAACGACUGGGCUAGUCGUGCCCCCAAGCUGCCUCUGA